AUGGCUGAGAAGGAUUUCCAAACAAGCACCAAGUCCAAGCGCAGCGUUAAUAGGCUGAAACUACGUUCUUUCGAUGAAUUACUCGAAGAUGCAAGAAACGUAAUACGGGAGAGCGAAUUCCUGGAGAGUUUGUGCAAGUCACUUGAAGGUCAGCAUGUAGAUCGUGUUCGAUGCUUGGCUUUGGGCAGUUUUCACCAGGAUUCGCCAGCUAGGUUCCAGCUGGCUUUGCUGCUAGAGUUAUUGAGCUCGCUAAAUGUAACACGGUGCUCGCUUUAUGACCCAGCUUUCGAUGAAGAGGAUUUGGCAUAUAUCAAGGGUCAAGAUCACUGGUCUGUGGAUGCGGAAUCGCCGUUUGCGGGUGAUAAACCAGACAGUAUUCUUUUUUUUCUGCCGCAUGCUCCGUUGGACCUAACGGAAAAAAUCAUAUCUAAAGAAUCGCCUCGGAUCUGGCUCGCGAACCACCUAGUACAACAUACUGACAGGUACACCAAGACUCAAUUGCAUGAUAAAUAUCCACUGAUAUCAAAACUUGUCAAUUAUAUCGACUUGAAAACGUUAAACAAAACGAAAACUGGAAACGAAAUUGAUGAAGAAGGGUUCCAACAGUUCACAUCCUCUCGGAAACGUAACGCAAAAGCCAGAAAGAACAAAUUCAAACAACCAAGCAUCGAUUAUAAAAGUGUGGACUCGUACUUCACAGAUUGCUCAAUUAUCAACGAUUUCCGAAAUGGUUCGCUAUUGACUAAUAAGCCAUGGCUAAACUCCUUCUCUGACUUGACACUACACAUGAUAGAGAGUAACUAA